GCGUUGCAGUCCAAUUCUGCGUUCAAUUACAUUCUAAACGUUGGCGAGUAAACAACCUAGGCGGAUAAAGUGAGGCACGCAGUAAAGUAAUACAUUCUACAACACUCACAACAACAACAGUAGCAGCAAUCAGCGCGCAAAUAAAAUCAACAAAAUUGAGAAAUAAAAAGGAACUUAGCCAUUCUUCGCAAUGGUUUUGCUGCGCGUUAUAAAAUAUCUUGUGGGUUGUGUAGUGCGUCUGUGCGAGGAACUAAACCAGAAUAUGCUGUCAUGGAAAAUGCUCAAAUACCGAGUGUUGCAAGAAAGCUGACUACUGAGCGCACAAUAAUUCGCAUGCCAUUUAUUGCCGUGGAUGAAUUGCUGAAUAUAUUUGAAAUGAUGUAGCGGAGUUGGGAAAGUGUUGAAGUUCGUAACUUAAGUCUUUCAUUUUUGUGAGUGCAACUUGAAAGAAAUAGCAAAAGUAAAUAAUUUUAAAGAAAAAAAAUCCAAUACAAAUUUAUUGAGUUUGUAAAU